AUGGGAGGAGGAGGAGGAGGAGAAGGAGGCGAUUUCAGAGCGAAAGUAUGGAGUAUGUCAGGUGGGCCUUACUGUAGGCCCAAGCACUGGCGUCGGAACACGGCGUUUGCAAUGUUAGGAGUUUUCCUUGUCUGCAUCCCCAUUGCCAUGAAAUCUGCCGAGCUCGAGCAAAGGCCACACAUGCCGGUACGCCCCAUUCCGUCACAGAUAUGGUGCAAGAACUUUGGAACCAAGGACGAUUACGAAAAAGAGCAUUAAAGCCUGUGUUGUGUUGCUUGCUUUGGAGAGAGAAAGAACUCUUUUGCUUCAUCUCUUAUUUUGCAGACAAUGUGAGUAUGAAAAUACAUCUGUCUUUCAUCUUCGCAGUAUUGUGACCAGAAUAAUUUGUCUUUGCCUUGCCAUGUAGAGAACAACACAUGGAAUCUUCCCAAAUUUAAUGUUAUUCCAAAAUCCCAGUUGAUUAAUUAGUAUAAUAUCUGGGCCGGUUCUAUCUAAGGUAGAAUCCAUCUAAACAUUGUUGUGCGGUUUUAGUUUGAUCGACAUUCAAAAGAAUCUGCAAAUAAAGAAAGGUACAUGACGAUUAUACCAAAAUGCCGAAUAGGUAGGUAGCUAGCUAGAGUUUUUGCAUUUGAUGUUCAAUGGAUGUUGUUAAUCUUUAUUUAUUCUUCUUUUUUAGCAUUUUGUUCUAAAGUGACCAAGUGUGUUAAGGUCUUAAAAUAAUGAAACAAGACACCUUUGAUCAAAACUCAAGACACAGAGUAAAAGUAAUGUAAAAUAUAUUUAUAAGACUGCACAUUUUGUUUCUGCUACGCAUACACG